AUCAUAUCAGAUGAGGAUAAUCCUGAGCUCCCCGUACUGACCUUUCGAUUCUGGGUCCUUGGUAUUGGGCUAGCGACUUUUGGAUCUGUCCUAUCCGAGAUUUAUUUUUGGAAGCCCCAGAAUGCUGUAGUUUCGGCCUUAUUUCAGCUGAUUAUAUCUUACAUUCUGGGUAAUGCGAUGCAUUAUGCUAUGCCCUCGACAGGGAUUUGGCGCCACCUCAAUCCCGGGCCGUUCAACAUUAAAGAGCACACAUGCAUUACCAUGAUGGCGUCCACUGCGUCCACUACGGCCACUUCUAUUGGUAUAAUAGCAACACUUGAUUUAUUUUACGGCAUAACUUUGAAUCCUGGAGCCGCGAUCUUUCAAACGUUCGCAUCGCAGUUGAUUGGAUAUGGUUUUGCAGGGCUUCUAAGAACCCUCCUCGUAUGGCCAACUUACGCACUGUUUCCAAGUCAACUUCCAUCAAUUUCUCUCCUGCAAUCUAUGCACUUUAGUGGUUUACUCAACCGCAAGAAGAUGAAAUACUUUUGGAUUGUCUUCUGGGCCAUCUUUUGUUGGGAAAUUAUUCCUACUUGGAUGUUCCCCCUUCUAACGGCGUUCUCUGUCAUUUGCUUGGCUGAUAAUGGUCGCUCGGCUGUUAUUCGCAAUAUCUUUGGUGGGGGAGGGUCCAACGAAGGUCUUGGUCUGCUGUCAUUCAGCUUCGACUGGACCUUGAUCACACAAGCGUAUCCUUUAUAUUGGCCCCUGCAGACCCAAGUCUCUUCUUGGAUCGGGCUAGCAUUUGGUUAUGCUCUGAUGGGCGGAUGCUAUUAUGCGGACGUGUUUCAGGGGUAUUCGAGAGGCUUACCAUUCAUGUCAACUGCACUAUUUUCUGGUAAUGGCUCAUCGUAUGACCAAUCCGCGAUACUUGGCCCCGACAACACACUCGACCCGGAAAAGUAUGCUGAAGUUGGACCUCCAUUCAUGACAACAACUUACGCAGUCUCGUUGCUCAUGAGCUAUGCAGCUAUAGGAGCAGCGUUUUCCCACAUAUUUUUGUGGCACUGGGCAGAGCUAUGGGAAGCUUUCAAAGGCUUCAACUUCCUGAAGUCAGGGCAAGAUUUUGACGAUGCUCACUUUCAGCAAAUGAAAGUGUAUAAAGAGGUUCCACAAUGGUGGUAUGGUUCUGUUUUCAUCGUGUCGUUGGGCCUAGCGAUUGGUAUGGCGUACGUUGACAUCAACACCCUGCCAUGGUGGUCUGUCAUCGUUUUUACUGUCAUUGCAUUCAUUGUCGCCGUCAUUCUUGGUUUCAUAUUUGCUGUGACAGGAUUCCAGAUCCCCACUGGAGGUUUUGUGCAAGUUAUUGCUGUUAUGUUUAGGCAUAUGUUCCACCCUCAGCAACCAGUUCAGAACAUGUAUGCAAAGUUGUACGGUUACAGCACUGGUUAUCAGACACUUGCCAUGCUCUCUGAUUUGAAACUAGGACAAUAUGCAAAGGUACCACCUAGAGCUACUUUUGUUGCGCAAAUCAGCGGCACGAUUCUUGGGGCCAUUUUCAAUUAUGUCCUGUAUAAGUCUAUCGUAGACGCGCACAGAGCUGAUUUGAUAAACCCGAUUGGAACGCGUAUAUGGUCAGGGUGGAACUCACAGGAAAUCAACUCGGCAGCAAUUACAUGGGGCGCUCUGAGUGCGGAGCUAUACGCCCCAGGUAAAACCUACUUUCAGCUUCCUCUCGGACUUCUAUACGGGUUCCUCGCUCCUUUCUUGCUCUAUGCCAUGCAUUGCAUAUUCCCAAGACAACGGAUCUGGUCUUACCUCAACAUGCCAAUUAUAUUUACGUAUCUGGGUUGGCUUCCAUACUCGGUCAAUGGGAUGUGGUGGCCAGGGUUCAUCAUCGGGUUGUAUACGCAAUGGUGGGUCAGGACCAGGAAGCCAAGAUGGUACAUUAAAUACAACUAUCUGACCUCCGCCGCUCUGGAUGGAGGUUCGUCCAUCAUUUACUUCAUCCUUAAUUUUGCGGUGUUCGGGGCAAGCGGAAAUGCCAUAAGCUUCCCUACGUGGUGGGGAAACCCAAAUCCGAGUGUUAUUAGUGUCGAUCAUUGCAUGGCCACUAGCUUUUCGUGACGUGGUGAAGUGAUCGGCCUCCUUGCCCUAACGAAGUAUAUCUGAUAGCUUUGUUGAAAUGCAAGAUGUUCAUAUAUCUGAGAUUUCUCAACCAUGAGGAUGUUAUGAGAUUUGCAACCAUCCGUUUCCGCUGUAGGUGGGAGAUACUUAAACCAAUCGGGCCAAGCUUCUUGUGAGACGAUUUUGACGACAUCAGAAAAUAUCAUGUGUACGUGAGAGGUGUGGUGGACAGGGACCACUCGAAUUUAAUCAUUCCUGAUGAAGUUCCUUCCAAGCCUGUUCAGUUUUAGAACGUUUCUCUUUGGCCUGGGCGCGGUUCCGAGUCGAGCGCUCGACACGCUAAGUCAAGAAAAUGUUAGCGCUCGGCAGGGCGUACUAAAAGGCAGACCACUAAC